AUGUUGGAUGGUUCUCAACAAGCGCUCCAGGCUCCAGUGAUUAAUAUGUCUAAGGAUGUGAUCGUGCUGAUCAAGGCCGAGAGUGUUCACCUGUACUGUAACCCAGUCAACUACAGUUACCUGCUGCCCUACGUCUCCCACUGGAGGAACCUCACCAUACACUGCAUGAACCAGACAGAGUAUGAAGACGAGGAAGCAUCGGAGGAGUUUAAGAUCUCCAGCUUUGUGAGCAUGGUUCAAGACUGCAGCCGUAUAGGAGUUCCUUACAGCACCCAGGGCCACAUCCAGACGUUUGACAUGUUUAUGAUAGAGAAGUGGCCCAUCAUUCAGGCCUUCGCUCUGGAGGGGAUCGGUGGAGGAAGCUUCUUCACCAUGAAAUACAAGUUGAUGGACAUUAGUGAGAAGCUGUGGCAGACCUACACCAGAUUGGACCCUGUCUCCCUAGACAACCUGCUGACUGAGGACCUGGUGUUGUUUGAGAAGCAGUGGAGCAGUUUCUUCUCCAGCUUUGACAUUGAGAGCCAUCUGUCUAUCCUGGAGCUGUCUGAGGCUCAGGCAGGGGAG